AAAAAAUGUUCAAACGACUAAUUCAUGGUUAUUCACAAUUAUUAAUUGAACAUCCAGUGAAAACAAAAUCUGUAACAUGUGGGGUGAUAACAUCACUCGGAGAUGCCAUCACUCAAAAUAUUGUGAAUAAGACAUCAUCUUCCGAUAAUCAUUCCCUUAUUAGAUCAUGUAAAAUGUUUGCUUAUGGUUGUUUUCUUGGACCUAUUAUUCAUAAUUGGUUGAAAUUAUUGGAAGUUGUUUUUCCUAUUGCACAUAAUGCAACCACUCGACAAAAAUUCAUUACCACACUGAAAAGAGUUGGAUUUGAAAUUACAAUUUAUUCACCAUUUAUUACAAGUUUUUUUUAUUCUGUGAAUACGACAAUUGAUUAUUAUUAUCCUGAUGAAAAGACACCUGAUUUUAUUAAUGAACAGAGAUUGAGAGGUGAUUCUUUAGUUAGUGUGUUAAAAUCAAAGAUUGAGAGAGAUUUGGUGGACACUUAUUCUGUGAGUGUUAGAUUUUGGCCUUUUGUACAAACUUUGAAUUAUUUUUUCACUCCACUGAUAUAUAGACCUCUGGUAAUUAAUUUUAUUUCAGUGGGAUGGAAUGCAUUUCUAUGUUCGAAACAGCAACAAUGAGAUUUUGUAAAAUAUUUUGAAUUUUUGAGUAAAUUAUUUGCAGUAAACUAUAACGAAUGUAUUCUAAAGGUAAAAGGAAAUGUAAUAAUUGGCCAAUAAUAAUUGUCAUUGUAAAAUGCAAUUUAAAUUGUGUCGUUGUUUAGAAAGUACGAUUUUGUCCAUCUUCAAGUAUGGAAUCAUUUCAAGUUUAAUUUCCAGCAAUACAAAUUCCAACAAUUU